UCUGCUUCUGCGCUUCUGCUCCGCGGGGCGAGGCUCGCGCCUUCCCUCACGGGUCCCCGCGCACGGGUCCAACUUCAGGAUCCCCAGCUGUGCCCUUGUGUGUGUGUCGGGGCUGGGAGCAGAGGCUGGAGGUGUGGACAUGGGGGUCCACUUGUCAUUUUACAGAAGACAGCCUUUUUCGGCCGGUUCCCACGACUCUCCUAUGGUUCACUGGACCCUCCCUUCACAGAGGGGUAAUCGAGGCCAGUGGGGUAGUCAGGCCAGAGUUCAGGAGCUGUCCAUCCACUCAGGGGUCGCAGAGCAGCAAGCGUUCGGGAUCAUGGGCUCCAGGGCCCCGGAGCAAGAAUUCCGGGUUUGGUGGCCACGGGGUCCAGCGGUUCUGGGCGAAGUGGUCCCGGGCCCGACUUCGACACCUCUGUAAGCGAUCCGUGCACCGCGCUCCUUUGGAGGUCCCUCCGCUUUCUCUGGGAGCACGCAGGCUGGAGGUGGGGCCUCCUUGUUGUUGUUUCUCCGGGGCCCCGCCCCUAAGGGGGGCGCGGACCACGCGGCCGGAGGGCCCGCCUCCCCUCCCCCUCCCAGGCCCGCUCGCCUCCUCUUUGUAUCCAACAUCCGGGUUUCCCCGCUGGCUCGUCUCCGUGGCCGUGGUUCAGGAGCCAUUUUGGACUCGGUUCAGCUCCCCUCCCCCCCACCCCUCCCCCGUUCAUGGCCCCUCCGGACUCGGCCCCUGCGCCCGGGGCCCGGGCCCAGCCCCGCCGCGCUAUGCCCGAGUCGGGUGCUCCCUGGCCUGCGCCCUGCCGCCGCCCCCCGGCCCCCGAGUCUCCCCGGAGCCCGGGCCGCAGCCCGUGCGGCGCGCAGCGGCCCUGAGCCCGGCCCCUCCAGCCGGCCCUUGGAGCCCGCACGCUGCUGCCCGGGGACGAAGGCGCAGGAAGCGCGCGGGAAACGAGACCGAAGGGGGGAGCGGGAAGGAGAGCGCGGCAGCCGCGGGCCCUGCGCGCUCUGGGAGCGCCGCGCGGCCCUGCCCACAGGCUCCGGGUGUCCGCGGGGCGGCGCCGCGGAACAUGACGGCGCCCUGGGCGGCCCUCGCCCUCCUCUGGGGAUCGCUCUGCGCGGGUUCCGGGCGCGGGGAGGCUGAGACGCGGGAGUGCAUCUACUACAACGCCAACUGGGAGCUGGAGCGCACCAACCAGAGCGGCCUGGAGCGCUGCGAGGGCGAGCAGGACAAGCGGCUGCACUGCUACGCGUCCUGGCGCAACAGCUCCGGCACCAUCGAGCUUGUCAAGAAGGGCUGCUGGCUGGAUGACUUCAACUGCUACGACAGGCAGGAGUGUGUGGCCACAGAGGAGAACCCCCAGGUGUACUUCUGCUGCUGUGAAGGCAACUUCUGCAACGAGCGCUUCACCCACCUGCCGGAGGCCGGGGGCCCGGAAGUCACGUACGAGCCACCCCCGACAGCCCCCACCCUGCUUACGGUGCUGGCCUACUCGCUGCUGCCCAUUGGGGGCCUCUCCCUCAUCGUCCUGCUGGCCUUCUGGAUGUACCGGCAUCGAAAAGCCCCCUACGGCCACGUGGACAUCCACGAGGACCCUGGACCUCCACCCCCAUCCCCUCUGGUGGGCCUGAAGCCACUGCAGCUGCUGGAGAUCAAGGCUCGGGGGCGCUUCGGCUGCGUCUGGAAGGCACAGCUCAUGAACGACUUUGUGGCCGUCAAGAUCUUCCCACUGCAGGACAAGCAGUCGUGGCAGAGCGAGCGGGAGAUCUUCAGCACGCCCGGCAUGAAGCAUGAGAACCUGCUGCAGUUCAUCGCCGCCGAGAAGCGAGGCUCCAACCUCGAGGUGGAGCUGUGGCUCAUCACGGCCUUCCACGACAAGGGCUCCCUCACGGAUUACCUCAAGGGGAACAUCAUCACUUGGAACGAGCUGUGCCACGUGGCAGAGACGAUGUCCAGAGGUCUCUCGUACCUGCACGAGGACGUGCCCUGGUGCCGUGGCGAGGGCCACAAGCCGUCUAUCGCCCACAGGGACUUUAAAAGCAAGAACGUGCUGCUGAAGAACGACCUCACCGCUGUGCUGGCUGAUUUUGGCCUGGCUGUUCGGUUUGAGCCAGGGAAGCCUCCAGGGGAUACUCAUGGGCAGGUGGGCACUCGGCGAUACAUGGCCCCGGAGGUGCUGGAGGGUGCCAUCAACUUCCAGAGAGACGCCUUCCUGCGCAUCGACAUGUACGCCAUGGGGCUGGUGCUGUGGGAGCUCGUCUCCCGCUGCAAGGCUGCCGACGGCCCCGUGGACGAGUACAUGCUGCCCUUUGAAGAAGAGAUCGGCCAGCACCCAUCAUUGGAGGAGCUGCAGGAGGUGGUCGUGCACAAGAAGAUGCGGCCCGCCAUUAAGGAUCACUGGCUGAAGCACCCGGGCCUGGCCCAGCUCUGUGUGACCAUCGAGGAGUGCUGGGACCACGAUGCAGAGGCUCGUCUGUCUGCGGGCUGCGUGGAGGAGCGGGUGUCCCUGAUCCGGAGGUCGGUCAACGGCACUACCUCGGACUGUCUCGUCUCCCUGGUGACUUCCGUCACCAACGUGGACCUGCCCCCUAAAGAGUCGAGCAUCUAAGCCCAGGACACGAGUGGAUCUCCAGACUCGGUGGAUCUGAAGAGGAAAGGAAAAAACAAGUUGUGUUUUGUUUUGGAAAUCUCAUAACACCAACAAACACAUAAAAUGCAGCUGCUAUUUUACCUUGACUUUUUAUUAUAAUUAUAAUUAUUAUUAUUAUUAAUAUUAUUUUGGGAUCGGAUCAGUUCUACCAGCACAUCGCUCUACUGCGUCUCAAACAGUGGACGCGUCAGCAGGCGUCGAGGUGCUGAGCUGUGAAUGCAGAUCCAGCGCCGUGCUGGCAGCCUCCGCUGCCUCCUGCCCUGGGGGUUCAGCUUCCCCUGCCUUCGUUGCUCGUCUCGGAAUCUGUGACACAGAGUCCCAUCUCCUGUCUUAGGAAACUUAAUGCUGCAAACUCUUCCUAGAGGAGCCUUUGAAGACUGUUACAUAAAAACAUACUUCCUCCGGAGGAGUUUCCUUCUGCCCUUACCACCUCCCUCCCUCCCUUUCCUUGUGUUUUUCUCCUUUUUAGACAGUGAGUUUAAGAAACAGCAGAUGUGUUUUCACGGAUUAACGGGUGUUGUCCUGACCAGGAAGAAUAGGGGUGAGGAGGAGGAUGGUUCGGACUGGAGUUGAAAGGGGAGGGCGGGGCGGGCGUGGGGUAGGGUCUGGAGCAGAGCUACACUGGACUCGGGCACGUUCGGAGCAACAUCCUUUGCUGUGAGGCUACUUCUCAGGUAACCAGGAAUUGAGGGGAAGGACCGUGUGGAGGCCGAGCAUUAACGGCAAGAGGGGGGUUUGGAGAAAGUCCAAAAUAGAUAUGGCUCUGACCCGUCCGCUGGCCCUGACCAGUUUUUCCCACUACCUUGGGCUUGGGCCUAGGACAGAACAUUUUUUUUCUGCCCUAUUUUAGGUUAGGUAAGGGUAGAAAUUACGGUUGAGUGGGCACAUUCUUCAUGACAUGACGCUGUAAAAAUAUCUUUAAAGGAGGAGGCGUUGAAAUACAUUACUUCCUCCUGGAGCAGUUCAGGGAAAUGCCCACAGGGGGCGCCCUGCACAGCCAGGGCAAGAGGAUUUCCUGGGUGGGGCCAGCAGAGGCCUGCCUCUCUGGAGACCCUGUGAGUCCUGCAGCGCUGGCUCUGCCCUGUGUGGUGACAUUAUUGUCCCCUUUAUGUGGCUCGUGGACAUAGCUUUCUCCAGGCCCUUAAAGUGGUGCAUAUUCUAAAACCCUUUAUUAUGCCAUACCCUUGCUCUAGUCAGUGAAUGUUCCUAAUGCUGCUGUUUCAACAUUCAACUUCUUUUUUUAAUUUAUGAAACAUGCAAAAUUCAAAACAAAACAAAACAGACCACACAUACAUCCACAUAUAUUUUGUGCAUCCACACACAUUUUGCUAUGUGGCUUCCGAGGUUUAAAUUUUGAAAAAUAAAAGAAUGAAAACUUCACGACCACAGACCACCUCAAACCAGAAAUACCUCAGAAUUUUCUACUUGUGUAAGUUUUAUUAUAUAUUUUAUUAGUUGUGUUGUCUUGUAAUAAGUAUAUUUUAAUGUAAGGUGGCUUUUAUGACAAGAGAGUUUAAAAGACAGAGGAAAAAAAAAGUUUGAGUCUUCUAAAUAGUGCUACCAUUUCUGUUGGUGACGCCCUUGUACAGAAUUGUCAUCACCUGUAGGUUGGUUGGCUGGGCUGCAUCUGGGCAUUGGUCACUCUUAUUUGUGAAGGCUUUUCCUUCUGGUUUCUGUAGACCAUUUUAUUUUAGAACCUGAGCUCUCAAUCGAGGGGGGACUGGGUGGGUGAUGGAGAGAGGUGGACUCGGGUGAGGAUGGGAGGGGGCACCUCCUCUUGGGUUCUUUGGAGGUUCAGGUGUCCUCACUUCGAUUGGUUGCCGUUCAGAAUGACAGGUAACCCCACUGUGACUUGGUAAACUGUGGCCCUCAAAAACCCACCUGAGGUCAUUCACUUGAGAUUUCAUUUCUUAAGGACUUCAGCAGCAGCAGCAGUUGGGAGAGACCCGCAGUGUCCCUGGGAGCCUGCACUGUGUGCGGGCUGUCUGUGCUAGAGAGGCGUGUCUGGAGUGGACUGUUCUCACCUGUCGCCCUGAGGCUCGAGGCCCAGCGGCACCGCAUACACCCUAGGGGCCAGCCGCCUGCUGCCCCAAGGGGUGUCCACCUGGUUGUGUCCUUUCCUCUGUUUGGGCCCCUGAUGAGCUUGCUCCCCUUCCCCAGAGCUCAGCUUUUGCUUCAUGGGUCAAAUUGUGAGCUGGCCGAGGUGGUUACAGGGACUUUUUUUUUUUUUUUUUUUUUUUGGUAAGCUAUGUUGUUGUUUACUUUUUUGAAAGAAUAUUUGUGCUGUGGUAUUUUCUUCCCUGGGAAUAAUUUUUAACAGCAAAACAGGCCUUACAGCAGUUGCUUUCCCUUUUCACUUCUUUCUUUCAGAAGCUUUAAAAUAUUUAUUGAAAAGUGCCAUAUCUAAUUUCCUCAGCUUUCUCCUCGGGCAGUGCCGGGUGUCUCUACUUUCACCCUCAGAAACUAAUGAGCCUCUAACAACUAGCCGACCUACUACAGGAACGACUGGAGCGCUGGUCCUACCCCUGCCUUUCCGUGUGGUUUUAGGUGUCUUCUGGGUGAUUUCUCUUUUGUGUGCUGGCUGGCUUCUUGGGAGGACACGUUGGGGCCUGGCCAUGGAGGGUUGAGCCGUGGCUCUGAUGUGGGGACCUGCUGGCUGGGACACAGUGUGGACAGGCAGGUCUUCCUGGUGGUCUGCAUGCCUUUUAUCGGGGGAGGGAGAACUCCCUCUUUGCUCACCCUGUGCUCAGCUGCUCUGGCAUCUCCUUGGGGCCUUGGCCCCAGAAAGGUGUGUCAGGAGAUGGUCUUGUUUGAUGUGGCCAGGGAUGGGGGAGAGUCCAGCUAGCUCUUUGGGCUUCAGGCUGCCUUUGCCCCUCCUGCCAUAACAUCCCCCGUUGUGCUGGCUGGGAGAAGGUGGGUACUCUCGUCCCAGAGUGUGCAGCGAGGAACCCGGGUGAAUCUGUUCUCAGAUAAGGUGUGUUUGCUGUCAUGAAUUCUUUGGGGAGUGAGCCAUCUGGUGGCCUCAUUUGUGUGUGGGGUGUUCUAGGGCCUCUGCCUGUGCUCUUCUCUACAAAGGUUUCACAUGACAUUCACUUCUGGGGGGCUCAGGUAAUGACUACUCCGCCUCUCCCACUCCAGGCUUUGUGGGAGCUGGUGGGAAUGGAGGCUGGCAUCGCUUUCUCUGCCUGUGGGAGAGGCUGCUACGUCCACAGUGGGAAGGCAGCUGAGUCGGGGGAGCAGUGACCAUGGAUCCUUGCUCCUUCCUUUCUAGUGUCCUGUCCUCCAGGCAGGCUUCUGGCUGUGGGACGGGCUUUGGGGAAGAAGGUGCCCUGUUUGAAAACACCCGUGAUCACGAUGGGAAGAUGUCCCUAGCCAGAGAAGUCCAGCAGUGAACACGAGAAAGAGUAAGCAGGUGGAGACAGAGGCUGCUGUGCCAGUGUCCUGCAGAGGAAUCAGUGACAGGGGAAGAAGGGAAGGAAGGCCAUGAACCUAGUCAAUAGACCUCCUGGGGCUGGCCCAAGCCAGGCAUUCUCCGGGUACCAUUGGUCUCCACUAGGAGUCCUCCUGAGUAAGUACCUCAGGGCAAGGGCUGCAGGUAGACUGUUCUUAGGAGAAAGGGAGACCUGGCUUAGGGAGACUGGGGAGCAUCAUCACAGCCUUUGUUACUCAGCAUGGCUUUCCUGUCCUAUUGGCUGCUGGUAGGCACCCAGAGGGAUUGGCCCUGCCUACGGAAGCCUUCCCCAUGAGUGCCAGCUGCUUCUGACUCAGGAUUCAUCCUGUCCGGAUGUGGCGCAUGGAUGCGAACAAGGACCUUGUCCAGCUUAGAGCAUCUUCAGGAGCCUGGAGCCCCCACACACAUAGUCUCUCAUCUCCAGGCCCUGGAGAUAGUUCUUCCAUCGCCUCUGGGGCCAGGCUAACCUUUUUGUCAUGUCAGGCUUUAGGAAGGAAAGCUGGUGACCCUGCAGCUCUGCUCUGUCACCUUUCUCUCCAGUCGGCCACGUUCUUGCUCCCUGCUGCCCUGCCCUGGGUGCUUGGGCUAUGUGUGGUGUUUCCUUGGUGGCAGGCCCAGCUGUGUAUUGAAUGUCUACCAUGUGCUGUGUGUGGCUCAGAAAGCCUGUCACAUGGCCCCAAUACUCUGAGCCACGAGAGCAGGGAAGUGGCUGUCCCAUUCAGGGUGGGUGGGCUGGAUGGCCCUCUGGCAGAUGGAAUUUUUGCCCUUUUUAGAAUGCCAUGUAAAACCCCAGGCACCUAAUUGUAAGACAAGGGUUUGAUGGUUUUUAAUAAUAUAGUAAGCAUAAGUAUGUGAGUUUUUAGAAUUGGUACCAGAAGUCCAAUAGCCAGUCAUUAUUCCUGAGAACUUGACUCACUAGAAAAAUGCCUAAUUUGGAUAGCAUUUUCCAGAACUUAACUCACUUUGGUGGCCUCUCCCAGACAUUUCAAUAGCUAUUGGGUUCUAAUGGGCUCAUCUUUGGAAAGACAGCCGGGCACGGUUCACAUGUUGGGGACAUGUGACCACACCUUCCCAGGAAGCCCAGGGAGCUUACUCUUCAACCCUCAUCCAGGGUGAGCAGCCAGAAAGGAAGGGGCGUGGUGGCUCUUUCUCCUUUGGUGACAUGAAUUCUCCUUGGUCAUUGGCUGUUUACAAAAAGCUUAGCUAAUAAACUACUCAGUUAAUAUGUUCAACCCAGUAAUGUCAAGCUUAAGUCUUGAUGAAUUGUAAUGUUUUGGGUAAAGAAACUGGCUCAGUAAUUCAUUUGAUGAAAGUUUCAUCUCAGUCUAGAUUUGUAAAUGUUUAAUGAAUUCAGGGUUAUAUCCAUAGUUCUUUAAGUAAGAUUCCUGGUUGUUGAUUUGUAACCAGCAGUUCCCCUAUGAAUGUAUCCCAAACCCUUAGAAGGCUUGGAAAAGUUUUUUAACAUAAGGAUUUAGUUUUGUAGGAAAAAGAAACUAAAGUUUAAAAUACUUGCCUUUGGAAAUUUGGUUGAGUCAGCCACAUUUAAAAAAAAAAAUGAGUGGAUCCCAGCGACCCACAAACUAGCAUCAGAUAAGUCCAAGUGAUCUAGGCGGGAUUUGUUCAUAUUCCUGUUUUAUGGAAUAGGAGUAGACUCCUUUUGGGUCUACUGUAGUCUUUGGCUUGGACAGGAUUUUGAAUUGAAAGGAUUUACCACUAUCUGCAUUUUUACCAAGCUUUUACGUUUUCCUGAGGGCAUCUUCCAGGUAUGAAUGAAGCAGGACUUUUGAUUGUGGUACUCCUGUACCCCCACAGUGCCAAAACCCGCGGCACCUCGUUUGCUUCUGCGGCAGCUCGCAGAGAUGACAGGUGGGGUGUUUCCUUGUGAGUUGAAAUGCUUGUUUUUUAAACGCCCACGUGUGGGGAUGGCCCUGGGCUGCCCUGUGGUCUCCAGGAGUGUCCGGGUUGCGUGAGGCCCGGGCAGCUCUGAGCACUGCAGGCCAACUCUAGGACACCGAAGAGGUGUGUACACGGACAUACAUGUAUUUGCAGUGGGUUAUACAGGUGUGGGCUCUUCUGGACAUCUGUGGCAGUGUCACAUUCAUUUUCAAAGUUUACAUUUUGAGCUCAUAGUUAUGAAAAAUAUGACUGGUUAGCUGAUGCUUUUCAGGCAGGUGAAGAUGGGUUUUUCACAAGGAAGUGAGUUCUGUCUGGAAUCCUGCAAAUUUCUGCUGCCGAUGGGGCCGGGGUUCCUUCCCCCCGUCUGUCCUGGUCAUGUUUGCAUCGGAGCGUUGUUAGCUAGCAUUGUAAAUAAAAGAGUGGGUUCUAUAAUAGAGAUAUGACACUUGAAGUUUUACUUUGAAAAAAUCUAUAGCUCUACAUAUAUAUUUAGUUAUAUCACCUGACAGAUUCUUCUGCACAGUGUGGAGAUUGUUUUAUACCAGAUUAUUUUUAUAAAGUCUAGUGAGUUUGAGUAAGAAUGAUUUUGUAACCAGAGUAAUGAGCUUUACCUUUCGAGAUAAAUGUACACUGGAGUGUGAGUGGUGUGGGGCUUCUACUUAGCGCUCACGUGGGUUCUCGCGACACACUGGCGGGGUGGAGUCCAGUUCUGGGUCUUGUCUGGCCCAGGCUCCACCCACUGCGACUGCAUAGGACAGUGAUGCUUCGCCAGCUCCUUGCAGACGGAGGAGAGGGCCUGGGGAGGGGUGAGAGGAGUCUUUUGGUGUUUUACGUUUGCGCUUCCUCCUGACAUUUUUUUUUUGAACAAAGGGUUCUGAGGUUAAAAAUUAGUUUAUAAACUCCUGCCAUAGGAUGCAGUCAUGUGGGGUGUUUUGGGGGAACAGAAGUUUAGCGUACAGAUGGGGGCAGGUUGGGACUAGAAAAAGAAUCAGACUUCAAAUGAGCGUUUGGUGAUACGAGUAAUUCACCAAACUGAAAGAUCUAGGACCAAGUUACCCAGUUGUGGGGACAGAAUUUCCAGAUGAGUAAUUGGGAAAGGCCGGGGGAGGGGAUGGAGAGGGUGGACUGUGGCCACGGUGGUCCAAUCAAGUGGAGAGCUGCCAGCCACGGGUCCGCUCCGGUGAGGGAGGUUUGGAGGCGACUGGGGGUUAAUCCGUGGCUUACAACCCGAGUCACCCAGGAGCCCGGCAGGAAGCCCGGAACUCCACCCCAGCGGGGCAUCUUUCUCACGUCUACCAGGCUUCGGGCUCUUCCUGCCAAGGUCAGCAGUGCUGCUAUCAUGUGGAAGGCCAUCUUCACGUCAGCCUUUUUAUUUGAGGGUAGAAAGUAGAUGGUUACUUGGGUGAGCCUUUUUGAUGGGGACCUAACGGGGGCGAAUAAUGCAGGUAACUCUUUGUAUCUGUAACCGCCCAUUCUGAGGCCCAGCUGAAGGCCUGUCCCCCAGGCCUGGCUUCAGGCCGCUGCGUUCAGAGGUCCACCGGCCGGGCAGUUUUGUCAGGAGAAGCCCUCGUGGGUCAUCUGCGGUCAGCUGUGUUGCUUAUUCAGUCUGGUUCGGGAUGGCGUGUUACACUGGACCCGUUUGUACUCGGGGUAAAUGUAGUUUCAGCAGAUCCCGGAGCCCCCGGGAACUGUCCCCACCCGGCCCCGGCGCUCCUUGGUGUGUCCCCUGCAGAAGACCACUGCGGUGCGGUGCUCUCCAGCCUGCCUCUGGGAAGGUGCCCCUGUCGUGUCUGUUUUCGUGCCCGCCUUCCCCCGCCCACAAAGCAACUGCUGUAAGCGUUUUUUCUACUUGUCUUUUCUAGCCCCAGACCUCGCCUUCUCCCUCUCCCCACGCGUACUUUCUGGGGGCCGUUCCGCGCUCCAGGUACUUUAGAACCAGUUACCUCAGACCUCGUGUUGAGCAGUGUCGCCAUCUGGGUCCUCUCGAUCCGCAGGCUCGUGACCCUGCCAAGUGUGGGCACUCACCUGUUGUGAGAACUCUUCCCGAGGACCGACAAAGGGGGGGCUUCCGGCAAGGUCCCCCCGGCCUGUGGCGGGCAGGUCUGGAGUGUGGUCCGCACGGUGCUUCCUGUGUCCCUCUUUGAAUUCUGCCAUUUUCAGUAUUCUCGUGUCCGGAUGGGCAAAGCGGUUCGGCGGACUGGCCUUGCACCCGAUCAGUUCCAAAGAUGAGCUCUUUGUAACACACUUCCAGUCGCUCAAGCUGCGGUGUCGAACAUUCCUGGGGGCGGCGGCUCGGCUCCGGGGCCGCGCUCCGACCCCGGUGCAUCUCGGGAAGGUGCGUGUCGCUUCCGCUUCCGUCGCUGUGAAGUCAGGCCUUGUGGGAAAUGGCUGUGUGUCAUUUUGAUAUAUUUUAAAUAAAUAAAUAUAUAUUUUUUAAAGAGUCUUUUUUACCAGUUCAAAAAGUUUAAUUGACCAGCAGUGACCACGUCUGAAUUUUUGUCUCCCGGGCGGCGGUGGCAGACCAAAAUGGAAAAGCGGUCACUCGGCCGGACGCUGGUGGGCGGGCUGCCUGCCCGGCCGACCUGCUGCCCGUGGUAGGCGCCGUGGCCGGCGUGUCCCCGCUGGGUCCCCGACUCGGCCCUCCUGGUGGCCUCUGCCCUGUUCGGCCCAAGCGGGCUUUCCUUAGCACUGCUGCCGGUUAAGGUAUUUCAGUUGUUCGCCAAACAAUUUCUCCGUAAGGGAAAAACACGCUCAUCCAGAUUUUACCAGCAGUGGCAGAGGUGAGAGCGGGAAGGGUUCGGCAGCAUGUGGGUUUUGGUUUGGAAAGUGUCCAGGUCAUUGUCAAACGCCAUCUGAGGGCCAGUGAUGGCACAGAGAUGCCUGGGAGGUCUCAUCUGAAAGUGUUGAGGCCUCCUGUAAGGGGCGGAACUGGUUGAAAGCCAGUGGCUCCCUUCCCCGCCCCCGCCACCCCCCGCCCCACCCCAGAAUCCUGUAAAAGCGCAAAGAAAAUUGAGUGGUCCUUGAGAAUUGAGGGCGAGGGUUACCGCAGAUUAGAAACAUACUUCUAGAUUUCAGUUCCACGCCACACGUCCACACAAUGCCAUUUUUCAACUGUACAAAAGAAUCUGCUUAUGAAUUUGACAUGAUCUUAAAUGGUAUCGUCAAAGGCCGAAUUUUUCACCUGUUAAUAUUGUUUCACAUUUGUCCUUGAAUCUGAAUAACUACACAGUACUGUAAAUGUAACUUACACCGAGUUUGAUGUCAAUUCUAGUGGAAAGAGCUUCUGCAUGUAACACGUAAAGAACACAGCAGAGCGCAAAACCUGCAGGACCAGUUCGGGAACCAACAGAAAAAUGUCACCUGUCAUUUGCCAUCUUAUAUAUCAGUUCUACCAGCCACUUCUAAAUUUGUACAUUAUUUGUAAGGAGAAGAAGGAAACCCUAAGACUUGUCUAACUUAGUGGAGAAUGUGUGUGUUGGGUUUAGGAUGAUAGCAAAGUCUUAAUUGAGCUGUGUUAUCUAACUUGUAUAUACAAAAUUGUAAUUAAAAGUUUGGAUUCACCUGUUUCUUGCAGUUUUAAAAUGAGGACUUGCAAACUCUGGAAAUGUGACUAGUCUAUGACUUUGAGGCUGUAGAAGUGAGGAAGCUCUUCAAGUGUUGAAAUGAACGACUUCUAGUUUUUGGCUCAAAUUCAAUAAGUACUGUUUGUACACCAGGAUAUGUGACAUGUAAAUGUGAUAGGUCAUGUUCACCCUUGUAGCUAUAAAAUAAAAAUUUUGUAGAACAGAAAUAGCUUGUACUACUGAAUUUAACAAAAGUUAUACUAAAGUGUCAUGUUUUUUAAACGAUAUAUAUAUAUAUAUAUAUAUAUAUGCACACAGAGUUAAGCUUGUUGCUGUUACCCCUGUCUGGAUUUGAAAAGUGUGCUGAAAUAUAUAUAUAUAUAUAUAUAAUCUUACAUAUAUAUUAUAUACAUGCACACAUCUAAAAUGGCCUAAGCAGACAUCCGUGUAAUUACAGUUGCAAAAUGAAGACGUUUUGGAAAGAACAUUGUAUCAUAGUUCAUUCAUUUGCAGUGGACCUUUGUUCCUUUUGACUGUGGUAAUUUUAGAAAUGAGUGUCAAGUUUGAAAUUAGAUCUGCUAAGUUGGGGUUUUGCUGCUUGAACUCUGCACUGGGUCCUCAAAUAAACCGAUGUGAAUGUAGUUUUUCCCCCUGUGUGAAGAAGCAGCCACACCCCAACAAACAGAAUAGGAGGAAAAAUCUAGAACUAUUUCAAGUUUUAUCUUUUUGUAUAUGAAAAUAAAAUAAUAAUAAUAAUU